GCCACGUCUCAGUGGUGGGUCAGAGACACGCGAGAGAGAGAAGGAAGAGAGAGAGAGAGAGGGGGGUGUCAACAGGGAUCUACUGCUGCACCCUUACCACAUAUAAAACCUAUUUUAAAACAAGCCCCUCCAUUCAAGAUUUUCCUCCUCCGCCCCCACCCUCUCUGUUUCCUGCUUUUCUCUCUCUCUCUUCAUUCCAUCCUCUUCCCUCUGUAUCUGUUAUUGCUUUUUCCAAAGAAACCCAAAUAUGCGCGGCGAGGAUUGGGUGAAGGACGCCCUCGAGGACGACUCCAUGGUGGCGGAGCUGUUGAUGCGUCUCAAGGUAGGUUUACCGCCGCUGGCUUCGGCGCCGCCACCACGGCGAACCUCUCCGGCUCUGCGUCUCCACUGGAGCGUCCGGCAGCCGAGGUCGAAGCCGGCGGGGCUGAGGCUCACGGAAUCGAAGAAGGAGAACGGGAACAACGCCGACGUGAGGCGGGCCAGCCCCACUACGCCUCUCUCCUGGAGCGCAACCACCUCCGCCAGCGGCGGCGGCUCCGUUACGUCGAGCCGCCCGGACAGGCCCUCGGCGAACGCUGCGAGAUCUAAGGUUGCUGCUGUUACCGAGACAACUCCCACCAAGAGACCGAGAAGGAAAAAGACAUUAGCAGAACUUAAGGAAGAGGAGAGUUUGUUGUCAAGGGAAAGAAAGGAAUUGAAACAUGAAUUAGCAGCCUUACGUCUCACUGUGGAAAGAGAGAGAGCUACAAAUGAAUGUUUGAAGAGGAUGAAGAUUGAUCUGUUGCCAUUGACAACAAAAACAGCGCCAAUUCAGACGACAUCCGAGGAAGCAAAAGCACCAGAUGAGAGUAGAAAAGCACCUUGUGAACCUACUCCUUCAAGCUUAGCGACCAGCAUCACAGCCAAAGAUCUUGAUUCUUCAUGUCCCUCGCUCCCGAAUAGUUCUUCUGAAGUAAACAAGGGUAUGGGAAGUAAUCAGCAUACCAUGUUUCAGCUCCCCGAUCUAAAUCUGCCAUUGGAGGGGGAUUCAGGCUGUGAGAUCUUGCACGGAAUGAGCUGAGAAGCAUCAACCGAUCAUUAUAUAUCAAAGAGUACCCAGAAGUUCAUUUGUUAUACAGUGAAGGCAGUGAGGGUAGUGUAGAGAUCUAUCUAACAUAACCAGCUAGACACGAUGACGUUUCUUCCAUUGCGGAUUUGAGAUUUCUACAUUUUCCCUGAAUUCUUUUGAGGCCAGCCCUCAUUCCUUCGAGUGUUCCUUUUUGGAAAAUGUUCACAGAUAAGGUGUAAUUACCUCAUAGAUAUAGACAAUCUGAUGUUCAAUAACAACAUCAAGUUGAACUA